AUGAAUAAAAGGGAAUAUUAUAAAAUUAUAAGCAAGUAUCAACUUUAUAUUUUACAGGAAACGAUGAAUCAGUUUAUUAGUUUGUUUGUCGUUUUUUGUGCAAUUGGAAGAUUAGGUGCGGAUUCACCGUUGACAUCUGAAGAACAGGAACACGUAAAAGAUAACCUCGAAAAAAUAUAUAAUUCUUGGCAACGGAAAAGGCCUACAGACAAGUUUCACAACAACCGUGACAAAAUAUUUGAAGGACUAGUAACAACAAGUCGUACAGCACCGUUUAAUAGUGAUGAUUCAAAACCGGAUCAGAAAUGGGACUUCGCCGGUAAUCGCAAGGAAAAGCGAGGCUGUGGGUUUCCAAAAAUGGGUGACUCUAAAAGUUCCUGGACUGUUCGCAUAAUGAAUGCCGACCACUCUUCUUUUUAUGGAUCCCUGAUUCAUCCGCAAGUGGUUUUGACUGCGGCCCACCAUAUAAGUGUGUGGGAAAAAUAUAAGGUUCGUGCUGGUAAAUGGGAUGAUAAAAUAAGCGUCUUAAAGACUAUGGUUCACCCGAAAUUUGACCAAAGAAAUCUCGCUAAUAACGUGGCACUAUUAUUCCUGGCCAAGUCUUUCUCUUUGGACGACGACAUCAAUGUGAUUUGCUUGCCAGAACAAGGAGGUAUUCCGUCGCCCGGAACCGAAUGUUUCUCCAGUAGUUUGGUUUUGCCCAUAAUCGAGUUUUACAAAUGCCAAGAUCAGCUUAGGACCCGCAGCGGGACUUCCUUGCAUAAUACGUUCAUUUGCGCCGGAGGAAAACGAGGAGUCGAUACUUGCCGAGGCGACGGAGGAGCUCCACUUGCGUGUCCAAUUGGAUCAGCACAUGGGCAACGCUAUCAGCUGAGUGGAAUAGUUUCAUGGGGGAUUGACUGCUACCAGGAGGUCCCAGCAGCUUAUACCAACGUAGCUUUGUUCCGAGACUGGAUUGACAUUCAAAUGAAAGCCCAGGGCUUGGAAACAUCUGUUUACACCGCCUGGUAAUAGGUAUUAUUGUAAAAGAAGUUGUCAAAAUAAACCUACAUGAUUUUAUAUUCAGAUAUUUACGACCUUUGAUUUAACAAUGGUAACUUCUGUUAAUAUAAGUUAUUUUAAAGAACUGAUAUGAUAUAUUCGUUUUAUUGGUGUAUGUCAAUUUGUUUAAAGUUAAAGAUUGAACCCAAAAGGAGA